AUGCCUCCGUAUACCAACGUUCAGAAGCAGUACAUAGCGCAAUUUGUGAAUUUUACUCAAGCCAAGGAAUCGGUUGCUGCCAAGUUCCUGCGAUCAAACGGAUGGAAUGUAGAACAGGCGGUUGAUGCGCUCCUUGGGUUUAAGAGUCUUCACUUGGGCAUUUUGCAGGAUAGGAGCUGCGAUGAAGUAUUACAGAGAGGCUGGACAUUGCUUCCAGAUGCACCCGAGGAAAACCCAGACACGAUCGGUAUCGAGGGGGCGAUGAAGUUUCUGGGCGACAUCCAAGUACGACUUGAUGAAGUGGCCUGUUUUGGCGUUGCCGAACUGCUGAAGUCCCCGUCCAUGGGCGAAUUCACCCGAGAAGGGUUCGUUGAGGGCUGGAAAUCCGUUGGCUGCGAUUCUCUAGAAAAGAUGAUCUCUUACGCUGCCGAGCUCCGCACUCGCAUCACAUCGCAACCCGAUGUCUUCCGCCGGGUCUACCGCUACGCGUUCCCGCUGUGCCGGCUGCAGGGCCAGCGCAACCUGACGUUUGAGAUCGCGUCGGAGCAGUGGCAGCUCUUCUUCACGGAGACCAACGGCGGCAUCGCGUGGAACACCCCUACGACGCCGUGGCUGGACUGGUGGCUUGAAUUCCUGGAGGGACGCGGCAAGAAGCCCGUGAACAAGGACCUCUGGGAGCAGACGGAGGUGUUCAUGCGCAAGACCAAGGAGGACGAGAAUUUCGGCUGGUGGAGCCCCGACGGUGCCUGGCCAGGCACGCUCGACGACUUUGUCGGCUUCGUGCAGCAGGUCAAGCGAGGUGGGAAGCCCGCGGGGGAGGCGAUGGAAGUGGAAUAA